ACCGGAAGUCAGCAGCCGGACUGAAAACACUGGAGGAAUCCUUACAUCGUUGGACACAGCCUUGUUGGGAUGAGUGCAGAGAAGGACCUCUACGCUGUGCUGGGGGCCAGUCCCUCAGACUCAGUGCAGCGGCUCAGACAAAGGUACCAGCAGCUGGCCCUACAGUACCAUCCGGACCGCCUCGGAGGCUCUUCAGAAGCAGAUUCCGGUGUGAAGAAGUUUCUAGAAGCUGAUGCAGCCUGGAGGGUCCUGAGCGACCAGAACACCAGGAGAGAGUACGACCUGCAGAGGAGAGCUCAGGAACUGAAACAGGAUUGGCCGGUGGAUUCUACCGUCUGUCUGGAGGACAUGACCUGGGACGAGGAUGAGUGUGUGUACGCAUACGGCUGUCGCUGUGGAGGAGGGUUCGGCAUCUCAGAGGAAGAGGUGGAGGAGGAGACACAGAGAAGGCAGCAGGAGGAGGAGCAGGAAGCAGAGGGAGGAGUGAUGGUGUGCUGUGACACAUGUUCCCUCAGUGUGUGUGUCACAUGGUCACUACACAGAAAGACUCAAAUGUUAAAAUGACAACAAUAACACCUCUGACACUGACGUCACCAUUAUCCUACUUGGAGGAAGACACCAAAUAAAGGAAAUGUUGGUGGUGGACAGCUUAAGAGUUCUCUCAACACCUCCACCACUUGUGUUAAGCAGCGUGUGAAGCAAGGCCUCACAGCACCAAUACAACAGCUCACUGAGGACACAUUGUGUAUGAAUGUGGCACAUUUGAUGUUGAAUUGUGUGAAUGUAAAUGUUGCUUUCCAACCCUUCUCUUUGUGGACAUGGACAGCACAUCUCUGACCUAUGAUCUGCUCUUCAGCCACGGCCUGACAGGGUCCUGUUCAUCUGUUCCUUUCAACACAAGUUUGACUUCAUCUUAACUGAUAUAUAUAUAUACACAUAUGUUUAACUCAGUUUAUGGGUGCUUUGAUAAUGUCUUAUUUUGAAAUUUGAAGAGAACUCAUGUUACUCUACAUUACAUUUCAUUUAGCUGAAGCUCUUAUCCAAAGCGACUUACAAUGAAUGCGUUCAACAAUGCAGAUAACAACUCGAAAAGUGCAGGUACAUUAACUUUUAAAGGUCAAACCAUUGUAAGUGCUACUGCAUUGGCUUUAAAGAACACCUUUCUAAGUGACACACACUGAAGUGGGUUUUCUUAUAGCCAAGCUCCAGUUAUAUAAUUGGUCUAAAUUAUAUCUUUUGCUAAAAGUUUACCAAAUUCAUUGAAAUUGUAGUGUAUUAUUUUAUUAUAAUCUAUUAUUUAUUGUAUAUUAUGUGUAGGCAUUUACAUUAUACAAUUAUGAUUGUGAUAAAUGCUAGAGAAUAAAAAAAAUGUUUUCUAGGUGUGUCUAUAGAAAAUAUAGUUUUUCUUAUCUUGGGCCCAACUGUUCGAGGCUAACAUGAAUUCAUUGACAAUGAUCCGGCAGAAGCUUGGUUUGUAUCUGAUAAAUAAUAUCCACUCUCAUGUCCACAAAGGGAAAACGGGCCCUGUCAACUUCUUUUGGGUUUUUGUCUCUCCCAAUGUCUGCCUGAACUUGAGAGGCUGGAAGACAACGGAGGAUGCAUCAAUCAUUUCCUUUAUUUUGACUAUUUAUUUUCUUUUUAAGUAUUUUAAGCAGUUCUUUACAUACACAGACAAUUCAACUCUUGGAAUGUUCAGUUUGAAAAUAUUUCAAAAAACAAUAAAGGUGACACGAAACAGCACAGACAUCUUAAACAUUA